AUGCUGUUACAGCCGCGGGUGGUCAAAGAUCGCGGCGAGAUGUCCGCCAAUAAGACGCUGCAGGCCGGAGAUGAAACAAUGCCGCCUUUGUCGUGGGCGGGGACUCCAUUGUACCCUACAAUGGGAAGAGUGUGCUCCCUUUGUGCCCAUUGUGUGAUCCAUUGUUAUAUGGUGUGUGGAGGGCGUAUAACGUUCGAGGUGUGGCGGACUGCCAGAGGUUUUUUUACCUAA